CGAAAUCCUAGCUUUAAAUCUCGAAAAUUGUGUCCGCCAAACUAGUCCAGUUCAAAACCCAGGCGGAACUAGUCGCCACUGUCAAAUCUCCAACGAUCCCUUAAAAAAAAAUCGCCAAAAUGGUUUACGAGUCCGAUUUUUACACGACCAGGAGGCCGUACCGUUACACGCCUUCAUAUUCGACGUACACUACUUCGACUUUACCAUCACGUCAAGUUCGAGUGCUGCCUGGCCUUGGAAAGGUACAUAUUGUUCAUACGUACGACCGCAUCGUCCCUUAUGUGGGCCACAAGAGAUUGACUGUGGUGACAACGCCACCAAAAGUCUACUCAACUAGACCAUCCAUCCUCCAACGGGAAUAUGACUGGAUUGAAAACAGAAUGAGGCCUUGGGUAGCAUACUCGGCAACUAACAACUACCUCAACUCCAAUUCUGCUGUGAGGAUUGUUUAUAAUCGUUAUCCAAGUCUGCUGAGCGAUUCGUUCUCUUCUUCUUCUAUGUACCGGAAGUAUGGCCCGAGGAUGGUUUACAUUCGAAAUACUCUGCCUAUUUCUGAAUAUACGAAUUAUUAUCGAGUAUACAGGCCUCUGUACUAUGAUCAUUAUUGGCCUUAUGCCUCUCUCAACUACCUCUCGAAUUGGUGGCCAAGAUACAGAUAUAGCCUAGACGAUGAAGAUCUUUCCUACCGUUCUUUACGAAUGCAACGUAUAUUUGACGAUGAAACUAGAAUGAUUCGUGCCCAAUCGGCUGCUCUUUUGAAAAGCAUUCAUUUGCCAGUACCACGCCAAAGAAGCUAUCCUAUCACAGCUCUAAAUAGGUACGGCGAAUACCCAGCAAGAUUAUCUAACGACCACUACAUCAAUAGAUUAAUGCAAAUUUCUCCAAAGAACUCUAAGGUGCAAUUUGUCACCUAUUACACAGAACCCAUCAAAAAGUACAUAGGUCAGGGUCACCUGUCUUGUGUCUCUUAUGUUGGGGACAGAGGCGUCCAUGGACGUAGACGUAACGUCUACAUCUACGAGGAUCCCGUCAAGAACGAUAUUCAGUUGUUGAGUUUUUAUAUCAAUAAAUUCAGGGAGGAAAAGAAACAGAAAGCUAUUGAACCGACAAAAGUUCCACUUUCCCCAAUCCGUCCAUCUAGAAGGUUCAAUUCUUCUAAGCAACUGAGUGAUGAAACUCCACCAGAAAUAAAGGAAUUGCGUGAAGCAAGAGCAGCCAGACUGGCCAGGAUCAACGCAGAAGAUACGCCAUCUGUUGAGGAAACACUCAAGGAGAAGAAAAAACGAGAAGAAGCAAGAUUGGCCGAAGAAAAAGCUUUAGCGGAGGAACAAGCGGCUAAAGAAGCUCAGGAGGCUAGAGAGAGGAAAGAGAGGGCAGCAAAGGAGGCGGCAGAAAGAGCAGCUGAACUAGAGAGGCAAGCAGAACUGUUAAGACAGGAAGAAUUGGCAAAACAGGCGGAAAUAGAAAGAGCCCGCAAAGAACAAGAAGAACAGCAGAGAUUGGAGGAAGAAAGGCGUUUAGCGGAAGAGGCGAAGGCGGAGGAAGAGAGAAAGCAACUUAUUCGACUCCAAGAGAUCGCCAAACAAGCUGAAGAAGAGAGGGAAGCUGAGCUCGCUCGGCAAGCUGAGGAGCUUGCUGAAUUAGCGAGACAAGAAGCUGAACUAGCUGAGCAAGCUAAGAGAGAAGCUGAGGAAGCAGAUGUGGCCAGGCAAGAGAAAGAGUUAGCGGAACAAAAACGUCUCGAACAAGAAUUGGCAGAAUUGGAGAGACAAGAACUAGAACUGGUUGAAGCUGCAGAAAAAGCUAAGCAAGAAUCAGAAGUUGCUAUGCAAGAAACUGAGGAUGAGAUAUCCCCAGAAACUAUUCACUAUGAAGAAUCAAUUGAAAUAGCUGAUAAACAAGACGAUAUUGUAGAAGGAGAGGCCAUGAAUGAAGUGGAAACCCCUCGAGAAGAAGAAACAAUCGACGAAAUCAACAAAGAAGAUCCAGAAAUCCAACAAGUUGAUGAGGAACGUGACCUGGAAGAGGAACAGCAAGUAGAAGUUACACAAGAACCAUUAGUGGAUGAACCAGUAGCAGAGGCUGGAAUAGAAGAAGAGGAAGAACCUGUCGCUGAAGCUGAAGAUGCUCCAGCAACUCAAGAAGAUACUGCAGACGAAGCGGAAGAUGAGGAGGAAGAAUGAAGAAAUUUUCAUUCAUUAUUAUAAUAUAACUAUUGAUAAAAUAUCUUAUUUUUAAAAUAUCUUAUUUUUAAAAUUUAAUUUUCGUAUUGAAUCAUUUAUAUUUCAAAUUUUAUUAACUAUAUGUUUUUUGUUACAACUUCAUUUUUUUGACCAAUCUUUUUAUUGCUCAUUGAAAUUUCAUUAUCAUUCGUUUUAGGUUUUCCAUUUUAAAUAAACCAUUGUUGUUA